AUGCCUAAGAAUAAGGGAAAAGGCGGCAAGAACCGCCGUCGCGGUACCAAGGAGAACGACGACCAGCGUCGAGAACUCACCUUCAAGGAGGACGGUCAGGAGUAUGCCCAGGUCGUAAAGAUGUUGGGCAACGGUCGUCUUGAAGCCCUAUGCUUCGACGGAAGCAAGCGUCUAGCCAACAUCCGCGGUAAAAUGCGAAAAAAGGUCUGGAUCAACCAGGGCGACAUCAUCCUCCUGUCCCUGCGCGACUUCCAGGAUAACAAGGGCGACGUUAUCCUGAAGUACACGGCCGACGAGGCCCGUUCCCUCAAGUCGUACGGCGAGCUGCCGGAAAACGCCAAGAUCAACGAGCACGACAACUUCAACCAGGGCGAGGAUGGCGAGGCCUACUUUGAGUUUGGUGACGCCGACUCAGACGAGGAGGAGUCCGACGACGACAAGAAGAAGGAGGUCGACAUUGACGACAUCUAA